AUGAUUUUUAAAAUAAUUUUUAGAUCAAUAUUGGGUUAUUUGUCUGAUAUGCGCGAAUUAAUAACAAUUCAGGUCGGACAGUGCGGCAAUCAAAUCGGAUCCAAGUUUUGGGAGGUUAUCUCUGAUGAACAUGGCAUCCAACCUGAUGGCUCGUACAAUGGUGAUUCUCAUCUCCAAUUGGAAAAAAUAGAUGUCUACUACAACGAAGCUUAUGGCGGAAAGUAUGUCCCAAGAGCUAUUCUUACAGACUUGGAGCCAGGGACUAUGGAUUCUAUUAAGGCUGGCCCUUAUGGUCGUCUAUUCCGACCUGACAACUUUAUCUUCGGCCAGAGCGGUGCAGGCAAUAAUUGGGCCAAAGGACAUUAUACGGAGGGAGCUGAGUUGGUGGACAAUGUUUUGGAUGUUGUUCGAAAGGAAGCGGAGGGAUGUGAUUGUCUUCAAGGAUUCCAGAUGACUCAUUCGCUUGGUGGUGGAACUGGUUCUGGAAUGGGGACUUUGUUGAUUGCGAAGAUUCGAGAGGAGUAUCCUGAUCGUAUAAUGUCUUCUUUCUCUAUUGUUCCGUCGCCUAAGGUCUCUGACACUGUUGUGGAACCCUACAACGCAACUCUUACUCUUCAUCAACUUAUUGAGAACACUGACGCGACUUACUGCAUCGACAAUGAGGCUCUGUACGAUAUUUGCUUCCGUACUCUGAAGCUUCAAAGUCCAACAUACGGAGAUUUGAAUCAUCUUGUAGCCUUAACCAUGUCUGGAGUGACUACUUGUCUUCGCUUCCCAGGCCAAUUGAACGCUGAUCUUCGCAAAUUGGCUGUCAACUUGGUUCCAUUCCCGCGUCUCCACUUCUUCAUGCCUGGUUUCGCUCCACUUUUGGCUAAGGGCGCAGCUGUCUAUCAGGCCCAAAAUGUUGCUGAAUUGACCAAGCAAAUGUUCGAUGCCAAGAACAUGAUGACUGCUUGUGAUCCACGCCAUGGACGUUAUUUGGCUGUUGCUGCUAUCUUCCGUGGGCGUAUGUCAAUGCGUGAAGUGGACGAUCAAAUGAUGUCAGUUCAAAACAAUAAUUCGUCUUACUCUGUUGAAUGGAUUCCAAACAACGUUAAGACUGCGGUUUGUGACAUUCCUCCACGUGGUCUCAAAAUCUCUGCCACGGCCAUUAUAAACUCUACGGCAAUUCAAGAACUGUUCAAACGCAUCUCUGAGCAAUUCAUGGCCAUGUUCCGUCGCAAAGCCUUCCUUCACUGGUACACUGGCGAAGGUAUGGAUGAGAUGGAAUUUACUGAAGCCGAGUCCAGCAUGAACAACUUGAUUUCUGAAUAUCAGCAAUAUCAAGAUGCGACAGUUGAUGGAGAUGAAUAUGAAGCCGAGAAUCCUCCAGAUUCACCAGAAUCGGGUGAAUCAGGAAUUGAGCAGGAACGUUGCCAGGUCUGUUUUUUUUAA